AACAACACGCAGGCGUGUAGUGCAGUUCGUGUUAUUUUUGGUUAGAAUAAGUCUGAGUCAAAAUAAAUUAUUAUUUUGUGAAUAAAAAUGCCAAAACCAACACUAUUUGAUGAUGAUUCUGAUGAAGAGGUAGCGCUUAAAACAGAAAAUGAGUACGCUAAGAAGUAUGACAAGUGGCGGGAGAAGGAAGAACUUCAUAAACUUGAACAGAAAUACGGCUCCAAAGCAUUGAACAGUGAUGGGUCAGUAUCAUCAGACAGUGAGGAUGAGAGUGACUCCCCUCCGGAGAUCACAGAGGAGAUGGAAACUCAGUUCCUCAAGACACUUGCACUGCUUAAGACAAAGGAUCCAAGGAUCUAUGAUCCCCAGUUUAAGUUCUUUGAUGAAAACCAGAAAAAGGAACCGGAGAAGGAAACCAAGACUAAACAGCUGACUUUUGCUGACAGUGAUGAUGAUGAUGAUGAUGAUGAUGAUGGCAACAUCUUCAGUGUUGAGAAGAAGGCUGAGGUUGUAGAGGACAACAAGAAAGAGAGGAAAACAUCUGAGACUAAGGAAGGGAAACUGAAAGAGUAUCUAACAGGUCAAGCAGAGCACUUGGAUGAUGCGGUGGAGAAAGACUUAGCUCCACUGAAAGCUCUCUGGUCCGACCCCAAGCUUAAUGAGGGCGAAGCAUUUUUGAGAGAUUAUAUUCUAAAUAAAAAACAUCUUUUCCAGUUAAAACGUUUCCCGCGCACGAUGAACUACAUCCGUCCGAAAGACGACCGGCGGUCUAAGAAACGACAAGAGGUGCGCACGCGCAAGGAAGAGGAGAAGAAAAAGAAGAUGGAGGAGAUCGCCAGACUAAAGGCGCUCAAGCUGAAAGAGAUACAAGAGAAGAUUGCCAAGAUCAAGGAGGUCACUGGGAAUGAAGAACUUGCGUUCAGGGAAGAGGACUUGGAGAGUGAGUUCGACCCGGAGGAGCACGACAAGCGCAUGCGCGAGAUAUUCGACGAGGAGUACUACGGGGACGCUGACGAACAGAAACCUGUCUUCCCAGACCUCGACGAGGAACUCGAGAUUGAGAACUGGGAGAAAUAUCAGCCAGAACAAGAAGAUGGCUACGAGGGAGAUGACGCUGAUGAAAAUGGACCGCACUGUGAAGACGAAGAUUUUAAUAUGGACGCCGAGUACGACCCAAAGAAAGCACGCGAGAAUCUUCUAGAAGAGGUUAAGAAGACUCUAGGCAAAAAGAGAAGGAACAGGAAGAAGAAGUCUAAAUUAGCAGAGUUGCUGUCUUCUGAGAAACCGAAAUUUGUGCCCACUGUAGUGGACAAAACAUAUGACCAGUAUAUGGAAGAAUAUUAUAAAAUGGAUUGCGAAGACGUGAUUGGCGGAGACCUGCCGACCAGGUUCAAGUACCGGGAAGUCGUGCCAUGUGAUUAUGGACUCACUGUCGAAGAGAUUUUAUUGGCUGAUGACAAGGAGCUGACUCAGUGGGUGCCUCUAAAGAAGAUCUUGAAGCACCGCCCUGAGAACGUGGAGAAGGGAGACGCCAGGAACUACGCGCAGAAGGCAGCUGAUGUACGACUCAAGAAGAAAAUACUGCCCAGUCUGUUCAAAGACUUGCCAGAGGACCCAGAAAUAGUAGUACCAAUAGAAGAAACGAAAAAGAAAAAAAAGAAGAAGAAGAAAAAGAACAAAGAAGAAAACACCGAAGGUACCAGUACAGAGGCAGCUGAACAAGAGACACCAGCACCUGAGCAAGAUGAAGAGGUUGAACAUAACGAAGCAAACAACUCACCCAGCCCUAAAAAGAAGAAGAAAGACAAGAACAAAAAUAAUUCAGUGCAGGAAUCAAAUGACGAACAUAAAGAAGCAAGUCCAGAAGAGAAUGGAGAGUUAAAACAAAAAAAAAAGAAGAAGAAACAUAAAGAAUUUACUGUUGAAACUGUGGAACAUGCUGAACCUAGUCAACUGAGUACUGAAAACAAUGAAGACGGUAAUAAAGAAAAGAACAUAGAAAAAGUAAAGAAAAAUUUAAAACGUAAAGCUGAUUCCAAUUCUGGGGAGGCUAGCCAAAAGAAAAAUAAAGGCAAUAAGAAAGAUUUCAAAAAGAAUUUGAAACAAAAUGAUAAGUUCAAGAAGAAGCAAACCAAUCAGCCUAUGAACCCUCUCACCAACUUAUCAGACGAAAGGUUGAAGGCCUACGGGUUGAAUCCUAAAAAAUAUAAAAACUUCAUGAAGUUCAAGAAAUUUUAGUCAACUGUUACAGAAUUUAUGGAAUUGUAUAUUUCUUGUAUAUAUAAUAA